AUGGCAUCUGUAUCAUUCGCGAUCGAUGGGAUCAGAAACUAUCUUGAGUAUCCGCCGCAUAUUUUCGAGCAAAUAAUUAGCCACUUACCACAACAAUCUGUAAUUGACCUUGCAUCCACCUGUCGACAGUUUUACACACCAUGUAUGAAAAAGCUAUAUGCCAAAAUUAUCAUUUCAAAGACCCCACCACGUCGGAGCUCAAUUAAAAUUACUGCCCAAACUAGUUUAGAGGAGUGCAGGAAAGUGGACUUUCAAGACUGCCACGGCCUGGUUCUUUUUGGGAAAGCACGGAUAAGGCCACCAAAAGAUUCUGAAAAUGCUGACAUAACCAUUGAUGAGGCUCUUGGGAAUAAAUUGGUUACAUUUCUUUACACAAUCAAAAAGAACCUGGUUUUACGAAAUUAUAUCAAGAAAGUCUUUGUCUUUGCAAACUGUGAUGAGUUCUGUACUAGUUUAGUUACCCUGAUAUUCCUUGAGUUGGAAGAUUUGGAUAUUUUUUACGCACGAACAUCGGAACAUACCUAUCACGAAAAACACCAUCCAAUCAAAAUGAAAUCUCUUGUUAUACAUGGUUAUUCGAAGUUUGACCCAAAUGUUGUGCAUCAGGCCAAGGAAGUUUGGUUUAUGGGCCCUUUUGCCUUCCAGCAAGUUACCGACCUUUCGGAUCAGCUAACGGCAUUGUUUUUGCCUUGUGAAGAAGACACUUUUUGGGAGCAUGUAAUGGAUGGGUUCUUGCCAAUGUAUGGAAAACCUAUGUGUUUUCCCAAUCUUCGGAAAUUCAGGUUGUUUGUUAGUCCUUGGAGUAAGGGGAAAUUGAGUGCAUUGGUGAAGUUGAUUGACUGGGAGAUUAUUGAGCAGUUGGAGAUUUGCAUCUCGUGCUAUCUGGGAAGGGAAUAUCAUCCAGAUGAUUUUGAGGAAGAGGAUUUUGUGAAUGAUUUUAGAUACAAUCCUACGUGUUUGAGUAUCAUACCGGGUAAAUUACCUAGUUUGAAAAGACUAUCGAUUAGGCAGAGGAGUGUCUUUCUGCUGCAUGUCUGCAAUAUGGCGUUCGCGCUUACUAUUGAGCAGUUUUUAGCCGAACGAUGCGUUAAUUUACAAUACUUAGCCAUAGAGCAUAUGACACCAAUUGAGGGAUGGCAGGUUGAUGAGGUUAAUGAUUGGUUUGGGCGAUGCACAAGUCUUUUGCAACUGGUACCAUCGCUCAAAAGAUCAUCAUCAUCAUCAUCAUCAUCAUACACACCGGGUAAUGUUUCUGGGCACUUUACUUACAGCCUACCUGAUUUCAUGUCAAUUCUUUCAUCGUACAUAGACGAAUUCGAUGAGUGGAUCGAGUACCGCUGCAAGUGUCUGCAGUGCUGUGAAAUCUACUAUUCGGUGUGCGAGUUGUUAAAAACUCACGGUGUGGGGCAUUUUCGCAACGAUAAUCAAUAUACGAAUAAUGCACAAGAAAAAGAAGAGUUUCGUCGCAACUUUUGUAAUAUUUUAACCAGAAUUUCUUUAACGGUGGGUCUGCCUAAAGAGGAGGACUUGUAUCCUUUGGAGAUGCCCUCGUUUCCAGUUUGGGAAACCAGAGAUGGUUUUACCACAAACCUUGCAAUCAACAACUUCCUUUCGAGGAGUUUCCGAUGCCCUAAUGAUGUUGACGAUAGCGAUAGUAUAGAAAAAAAUGGAGAUAAAGAACAUGACAAAGAUGGGGCCCAGAAGAAUGUCAGAAAUUGCCAACUUUGCAAUGGCGAAGCUAUUAAUUUCAAUGGACUUAGGAAAUUUAUCAAUCAUCUAUUAGAAAAUUUGCUCAAACAUUUUGUGUUUGAUGACACAAACUUAAAACGGUGCUGGAACCUUGGCGAUGUUGCAGGCGACAAUCCUGUCGAGGUAUAUCCUCGAUUUUCAGAAAGGAGGUACCAUUUGAAUGGGUUUCUUUAUAAAGUUGGAGUUGGGCUAGAUGGAAACCCGUAUCUCGUGAAUGUACAUGAUGAUUAA